AGUUCCAAGAUGCUCUGGAGCCACUCUUGAGCUGGCUGAGUGACACAGAGGAGCUUAUAGCCAAUCAGAAACCUCCGUCUGCUGAGUACCGUGUGGUCAAGGCACAAAUUCAGGAGCAGAAGCUGCUGCAACGGUUGCUGGAUGACCGCCGUGGGACGGUAGAGAUGAUCAGGGCAGAAGGAGAGCGUAUCGCUGCUACGGCUGAGACACAAGAUAGAUACAAAAUCCAGAAACAUCUUAAGAGCCUAGGAGAGAGAUGGACAAAUCUGCUGGAAAAGGCCAGCGCCAGGCAGCAGCAGCUAGAGGAGCUGCAGGUGUUGGCGCUGCAGUUCCACGAGGCAGUGGAGCCGCUCGGUGAGUGGUUGAGUGCAACAGAGAGACGCCUGAGCUCCUCUGAGCCAAUGGGAACCCAGACCUCCAAAAUCACACA